UCGUUAGUUUUCGUAAAAAAUUAAAGAAACGAUUGCAGUAUCCAGCAUUGACUGGAUAUGGGUGUAGGAACACACAUUUACGGUCGAUAAAACAGAUAUUUCUGAACAGAUUCUCCCUUCGAAAGAAUUAAUCAAUGCAAGAACGCUAGCCGAUGAUUGGUAGUCUAAUUAAAACAUUUGGUGGUCAGCAAUUAAUGCACGAGGUAGAAAGGUGUGUUGACACUCGUUUGCAUGGGGAUAUUCGGAAGUGUCAUAAAGUUGAUACGCGCAAGCGUCAUAAAUUGCUCGGGCGCCAUACAUUGCGCCAAGGGGGUCAUAAAUCGAGUACACGCAGGGAUCACAAACUACGUCAUGGGUGUUUCUCGAGUGUAAGAAACCCCAGUAGCAGACAAGCGCUAUUAAAACAAAAAUGUUAUUAAUAAACCUUAAUUGCUUCACUUGUAUAAUAGGUGAAUCUCAUUCGGAGGGCUUUAACGUUCGUAUUGAAACCUUUAGUUUUCAGUUUGGCUAUAUCACGCGUGAAUAAAUAGCAAAAAUCCAACACGGCCGCUUCUCAGCGAUCUUUAGCUGGGCCGUUUACCCUAUCAGUCUUUGAAAUAAAAUAGAUGUGCCACUAUUUCACGUUGUGAUGGCUUAGUCCUCCCCGUGCGCAGAGCUUUAUCUAAACUUUUUCAGAGACAGGCUGCUACACAGACUUGUGUCCUUGUUAUCUCUCUCUACGCGGCCCCCAAACUACCAUACUGAUUCCAAUAUGGUUAGAGUCACUGAACUCUAAAAAUACGGCCAAACUCUCGGCCGUGAUUUUACUACGUUCCAUGUUCAAUAUAGUUCAGUGAGAGCUACCAAGGGAAAUUGAGUUUCUUAUGCAAUUUCGGCACUAUUCUACGGAAACCUGGCAUGGUCAUUGCACACACAGUCUUGGUUGGUGUUAAAAUCACAAUUUCGUCGGCGUAAACAUCUAGGUUUGUUCUUUCGUUACCUACACCCUGAAAGCAGCUGGAAGUGUGUACAAAGAGCGUAUGUGUAAAUGCGAUGUUUGUGCUUGCUGAAUUAAAAGAUACAGUGAGAAUUCCUCCCUGGAAGUUUAAAUGUAAACUAAAUGAUGCAAUUACUGAUGAGCUGAAUAGGAAAUUGGCCAACAAGGUUUACUUGAAUGUAGGAUUGUGUAUCGCUUUACAUGAUAUUACAAACAUUGAGGAAUCAUAUAUUUUUCCUGGAGAUGGUUCUUCACAUACGAAAGUCAUCUUCAGAUUUAUCGUUUUCCGCCCUUUUAUGGAAGAAAUUCUUAUUGGUAGAAUAAGAAGUUGUAGUGUCGAUGGUGUUCAUGUUACAUUGGGAUUUUUUGAAGAUAUUGUUAUACCUCCACAUAAACUUCAACAUCCAUCAAGAUUUGAUCAGACGGAACAAGCAUGGGUUUGGGAGUAUGAUACAGGAGAUGGAGAAAAACAUGAUCUUUUCAUGGAUGCAGGAGAGAUUAUCAGAUUUAGGGUAGUUAGUGAAACAUUUACCGAAACACUACCAUCUGGUCCUGCUACUACAAGUGAUUCUGUUGAGAAACCAGAAGUAAAAAAUACUUUACCGUACACAUUGAGUGGUGCCAUUGAUGAACCAGGAUUAGGUCUUUUAACAUGGUGGGAAAAUACAUAGCAAAAACAAAAUGAAGUGGGAAUUAUUUUGUUAGAGGAACAAAGCAGACAAGAACAAGUGUUCAAGGAGGACAAAACUGUAAAUUUUGGACAAUAUUUUUAUUUGACUGUAUAUCGUAUCUUGUUCUGGCUUCUGUAGUUAUUUAUUCUUAACACUAGUUACCCUAUUAGUAAAGAGCCACAAUAAAGUGACGCAAUUAUUCGAAA